UUCACCACCUCACGUGCCAUCACUCGACUGAAGAGGCAGUGAAGGCUCUAAAUUCGACCAAUCUAUGUUUCUCAAUUCUCCACAAAAAGCACUUUACAAAGCCUUUCGAAACUGUCACCACCCUUUUCUCCUCUCAUCCUCUGUUUCGAUGCUGCCUGAACUCCGAUUAUUCGGCACUUUUUCAUGGAUUCUCUCGUAAUAAACUCCGCGUACAGAGCCCUCCCUCUUAACCUUCCUAACUCUAACAUCACUUCUUUCAAUCUUUCCUCUUUCUGUUUUUUCAGAUUCAAAAAACCCAAGAAAUUGAAAGCAUCUCCAGUUACUGUUUCAUCCUUAAACCCCCCAAACCCCAAUUCACAAUGGCAAAAUCAGAGCUCAUACUUAAAACCCUUUUCACUUCUUCUCCCGAUUUUCAAGAAAGUCAAAGACUUUGCAGCAAAGGCCUCAAAGAACAAAUCUUUUUUUAAAGGCGGUAGUGGCCCUGAGAAUGUUCCAGAGAAGCUUAGCGGAAAUCUGUUGCAAAAUGGAAGCUUUGGAAUGGCUCUUUUGAGUAUAACUUCAACAGCAAAGGUGAAAAUAAGUCCAUUUGUAGCUACAUUAGCUGCUAACCCAACGUUUGUUUCGGGGUUUAUAGCUUGGUUGGUGGCACAGUCGAUGAAAGUCUUUUUGAAUUUCUAUGUGGAGAGAAAAUGGGACUUUAGGAUUAUGUUUGCAUCUGGAGGAAUGCCUUCUUCCCAUACAGCUUUGUGUACGGCAUUGACAACCUCAGUUGCUAUUUGUCAUGGUGUUGCUGACUCAUUAUUUCCCGUUUGUUUGGGGUUUAGUUUAAUUGUGAUGUAUGAUGCUAUUGGUGUGAGACGGCAUGCUGGGAUGCAAGCAGAGGUUCUCAAUCUGAUCGUUGAGGACUUAUUCCAAGGGCAUCCCAUCAGUCAAAGAAAGCUAAAAGAACUUCUCGGCCACACCCCAUCCCAGGUUUUCGCUGGGGCUUUACUGGGUAUUGUAGUUGCUUGGAUGUGCUGUCAAGGCUGUUUAAUUUCAAUCUGAUCAGCUUCCACAGGUACACCUGCCAAUAAUUAGGAAUUAUCUGUUACAAUUGUACAAGAAGCACUGGCUUUUCGAUUGAUGCUUAUAUUCAUUCUGAAGUAAAAGGAAAAAGCAUUCUGAAGCCAAUGCAAUUGGUUAGACCUCUGAAUCUGUACUCUGGCAUAUGCUCAAGCUUUUAGGAUUUAAUGAUCUGCUUUUGAUUUUGUCCAUUACAUAGUAGUACUUGAUUUUCCCAGGUUAGAGAACUGUAUCAUUGUAGCUUUUCUCCUCAUUAUGGAGAGCAUGGGAUUUCUACGCCUUUCUAGUCUCCUGGUUUUUUUUUGUCAGUUUACCUCAUCUGUAUUUCUUGUUGUAAUCUGAAUUUGAAGUACAUGAUGAUGAAAAGGAUUUGCAUUGAUGUCAACAUGAAAGAGAAAGGAUUUCUAGGCCAA